CAAAUAACGGUGUAUGUGACGAAAUACCUUCCUCGCGAGAUCUCUGGCAGCGAUCCCAAAAUCGUACUCACAACGAGGGGUACAACAGUGGUGGCAGCGGUGAGGAUUUGCACUGCCAAAAGGAAGAUCCAAGAGGAACCAAGCGUCACCGAGCAAUCAGCUGUACAGGCCAGGAAGCCAGCCACGCCGGAGCGUACAUAGCGCGUCAGCGAUAAGAGUGAAACUCGAGACGACGCCGAGACCUACCGCGACAAGGCUCAGCUGAUCGCCGCACCAUGCAGCUCAUUGUACUUAUGUAAGUCCGACAAACAUUAAAUUGUAACGCGAAACGAGCGUAGGACGACAUAAAACUGUAACACGAAUAGAGCAAAAUAUCGGUUGACCCCCGGUAACCGCGAUUACCGUAAAAAGACAUAGCUAAGAUAGCUACUGUACUUCAAAGGCAUACGAAUGCAAACGCACUAGCGCAACGCGACAUACGAUACCGCGAAAUAAAACGCGAACUCAGCACACGCGCUUACACUCGAACGUAAAUGUCCGACCAAAACACUGAUACAGCGCUUAACGUUGUUCUUCGGCAGUCAUUGUCCUUUUUUUUAGGUCGACCGUGAAGGGACCAACACUCUUUUCGGGUGUGGCCUGCCUUUUUGCAAUGGUCACAGUAUAGUUCCACUAUGUUUACGCGAGGCCGUCCCUCCGGUCGCGGUAACUCGAACCGGUUAGCGUAUCGGCUGCUGCGGCAUUCUCGCCCGUCAUGCCCAUUCUUGCCGCACUUUCCGCAUCGCAGAAUAUUCCGUGCGUACUUUGGGACGGUGUGAGGGUCUUUCUUCCGAUUUCGGUUAGGUUCCCUUACUUUUUCUUCGGCACUGGCGCCGGAUAUCGUGUCCUGCAGCGUUCUGUAUCGCUGGGCGCGUACCAGUAGGCCUAUUCUGUAACUCGUUAAAAAGAUAGCGACAACUAUCGUUAAGUUACCGUUAUCGAAAUUCGUCGCUUGCGCUAGCGACGGCCUAGUGAAAUUGGUAUUCUGUAACUGAAGGAAGCGAGGCUAGUCGUUACAUGACAUUGUUAACGAUGUCGAUAGCGACGUCAAUGCGUUCUUAAAAACAUCAUGAAAAUUUUGCUUGUUGACCAAUGAAACGUCGCGUAUUCCACUGUGCCUGGGAAAAUACACACAUGGCACUCUUAACCAUAACCUUAUUUCGGUGUAUAUUUUUGUAAAGUGGAAAUUGUGUAAUUACACGAAGUUUUUCUUAAACUUGUUUUUAGGUUUACGAGAGAAUGUAAGUAUAUAACAGUCAAUAGUAAAUUGAGUUUUAUUUGCAAUAAAUAAAUAAAUUCUAAAAUUGGAUGCUUGUAAAGUAGAAGCUGAAUAGAUCGAAAUACGUGUUUAAGAUUACAUUUUUGUGAAAGGUCACAACCACCAGCAAAAAAAGCGAGACAAGGGCGAGCAACAAAAGAACAAUUGGAGGCAAUGGUGGAUUAUUUUGUUAUUAAUCCUCAUGUUGCAACCGGCAAAUUUAUAUCGUUGCAAGGGCAAGCUGAUCUUCAAGGAAGUUGGGAGGAACUGGCCAACCAACUAAAUGCAAUGUCCAAAAGUGGCAAGGAGAAAGAUGUUGCUUCUUGGAAAAUUACAUGGAGGGACAGCAAAACGAAAGUUUCAGAGAAGAUCUCGAAACUUCGCGCCGCUCGUGCACAAACAGGCAAUAGGCCAGUUGAAAAUCAUCUCACGGAGAUGGAUAAAAAAAUUCUGGGAAUUAUUGGCUACGAUUUUGAAGGAGUUAAUAAUUCCAUCGAUAGCUUUCCUGAAGAACAGGAGUUUGCUAAUGAGGUACUGGCAGCAGGAAACUCAGAGAUUCUUGAUAGGGCACCUAUUGUCAUCUCGUGUCGUGCCGAAAAUGAAAAUGCAAUAAUUUUCAACGAAGACAAUCCCACGACUUCUGGAGAAUUGGUUUAUGAUGCCGGUAAUUAUUUCAUGAUAAAAUAACGUCCAUGUGAAGUUAAAUAGUGUUAUAAUUCAUAUUUAGAUUUUUCAAAUUACAAGUUAUCGCUGAGUUUCUAACUAACUUCUCCUAUUAAAGUAACAAAAUAACCAACUAGAAACACGGCGAUAUCUGGAAAUGUAAAAAGUCAGAAAAGCAAAGUAACGAAGAAGCAUGAAAUUUGUAUAUACCAUGUUGUACAGAGAAACUUUAGUGGGAGAUAAUGACGAUGUCUACAAUAAUGCACCGGAGGAAAUAGAAAAUACACCACCUGUUCCUACUCCU